CGGUCUCUUUUCUUUCUCUUGCGUUUAUUCUACUGGCUACUUCUCAAGUGUCAAAUUUAUCGGGACUUUAUUAGUCAUUAUCUCCCUCUGUUUUUGUUUUGUGAAUGUGUGUUUAUAUAUACAUACACCGUUCUGAUAAUUAUCGCUUUUUCUCUUGUUCAUACCUGUAUACGUGUUAAGAAAAUACAUUGCUGUACUAAAGGCAAUCAUUUAUUUUUGAUUCACAGUUGUUACGUGGAGUAGUGCCCUAGGUGUGUCUUUUUGUUCAAACUGCAGUGUCAAGGACAAAUUAUUUGAUUGAAAAGAGUCUGCCAAACCUUGUGUGGGGAAAAAAAUUAUGUGGGAGCAGAAGUCAAAGCUUAAUGCAGUCAAGACGUGUACGUGUGGAUGCAGGAUACUGUUCUCAUAACAUACCUGUAUUGGUAGAGCUGGAGUGUGGCUUCCAAAGUACUUUCUCAGGAUUGCGUUUUGAAAUAAUUUUGGGCCAACUGCCGAGAUUUAAGGACGAUUAAAUGAAAUGGACCAAGUCCAAGCAAAAGUGACUGACAAGGACAGUGCCCCCUUCCAAAUAUUUACUCUGUAAGGACUCAUAAGAGAUUCUACUUUGAAGUGAAAGAAAGAGAGAGAGAGAAAGAUAGCUAAUAAAAAAUUCCCGUAUAGAGAAUAUCGUGUAUUUUGAGCAAACACAUCAAAAUGAAGCGAAACCUUGACGGCCGAACUCUUACGCAGGUCAAUAUGAUAAAAGAGGAGAUAGAUGAGAACGAGCAAGCCCAAGCACAAGCUCAAGCGCAAGCUCAACAGCAACAACAACAACAACAACAACAGCAGCAGCAGCAGCAACAACAACAACAACAACAGCAAGAAAUUGUUGAACAGCAGCAGCAGCAACAACAGCAACACAUUGAGCUCCAGCAGGGCAUUCCCACGCAAAUACGCUUUCUGAACGCCAAUGUACUCCAACAGCUUCAACAGCAGCAACAGCAGCAGCAGCAAGAUGCUCAACAACAACAGCAGCCUACUGUUCUUACGUUGCAACAGCUACAGAAUUUCAUGCCAAUCCAGCAGCAACAGCAACAACAGCAACAACAGGAUGUUCAAAGGGCACAGACGAUAUCUAUGCAGGGAAUACCGCAGCAGUUUCUUCAGGGUGCUCAGAUAGUUAGCAGUCAAGCUCAAGCUGCAGCCUUGCAACAGCAAACCCAGCAGCAAGUGCAGGCGCAGCAAGCGCAAGUACAGCAGCAAGGCCAGACUCAGCAGGUCCAGCAAGCCCAACAGGCUCAACUGAGCUACAGCGUCAUACCGCAGAUGCAGACCGUCAACAUAGACGGCCAGGAGGCUCUCUUUAUACCAUCAGCCUCGGCUGCGCAUCAGCAAGCCCAGCCAACCAUGCAAUUCGCCACUGCCAAUGGCCAACAAUUACAGUUGGCUGCAGGGCAGCAAAUACAGUUGGCCAACGGCCAGACCCUCAUCAAUCCGCAUCCUGUUAGUCUGAUAAGGUCGCCCAAUGUGUUUCCAACGUCAAUUAUACAGAAUAUCGGUGGACAAACGGUACAGUUGCCUACGGGACAAAGUGUACAAGUGCGUCCUAUGCAGUUUCCCAUGCAACAGUUGCAGCAAACUGUGCCUGUGCAGAUUCCAGUUACGGCUAGUAAUGGGCAGACAGUUUACCAGACGGUUCACUUUCCCGUGCAGUCGUUGUCUAAUGUUAUUAACAUGCCUACCGCUCAGAUGAUACCACAGAUAACACAGCAAAUUCCACAAGUUGCCCAGAUAAUAACACCGAAUGGUCAAAUACAACAAGUUCAAAUAGCAAAUUUGUCACAGUUGCAAAGCCUUCAGUCGUUACAAGGCCAACAAGUAGCUCAGCAUGUCGCUCAGCAAGUGGCUGCUCAACAACAAGCUGCCCAACAACAAGUAGCUCAACAAGUUGCUGCCCAGCAGCAAGCGCAGCAAGCGUCGGCAUCUACGUCCACGCCAACGGUGUCGACGUGGAGUACCAGUGGCGGUACUCCAAAUAACGUCCAGGUUGUAGGAAUUAGUGCCCUUGGUAGAACUGGCAAUGCAAAUGUGUUGACGACGAAGGAUGGUCAGAAAGUUGAUAUACAAACAAUUACUGCUUUGAGGCCGCAGCAAGAAGUGCAAGACGGUGACAUCAAAGUGACAAACUUAGAAACUGCACAACUUCCAAAUGGCCAGGUCAUACACAUACCAACGGGGCAAGCUAUGCAGCAAGCUGGUCAACCAAUCAGCAUAACAAACGCCCAAGGUCAACAGAUAACGUUGAUACCAGCCUCGGCGCUGACGAACUUGUCGGCCCAGCAGGCCGUUGCGGGAGGCAUGGUACGGGGAGUAAAUGUGGGCGGAGUGAUGCAACUUCAGCCGGCGACUGGUAUCAAUACCACAAACGGCUUCCUUCAGUCCAUACCAGUGCAAAAUAUUCCCGGCCUCGGCAACGUUCAAGUUAUCUCGGCCGUGCAGGGGGCGACGGUCCAGGCCCUGCAACCCGGAGGAACUGCGUCGACCGUGCACAUCGAAAACGCUGCCGAUCCAAAUUUCGGGAUGCGGUGUGUCGAGGUCGCCCAGACGGUCGUUAGGCCGUGGAUCCAGGCGAACGGAGCUACGGCCACCAUCGCUGCUCAGCAGGGCCAGGUCCAGCAGGGUCAGGUCCAGCAGUCGCAGCAACAGUCGCAACAGCAGACGCAACACGUGACUGUGACUGGCGGCGGUGGUGCCGGCGGUGGCGACGAAACGGGCAAGCAGAACAGACGUAGGGUUGCUUGUACGUGUCCUAAUUGCGCCGACGGCGACAGGAGAGACAUGUCUCGUAAGAGGCAGCACGUUUGCCACAUACCGGGAUGUAGCAAAGUUUACGGGAAAACGUCCCACCUGCGUGCCCAUCUUAGGUGGCACACGGGGGAACGGCCGUUCGCCUGCAGUUGGGUGCUCUGUGGCAAAAAAUUCACCCGAUCGGAUGAAUUGCACCGACACAGGCGCACCCACACCGGUGAGAAGCGCUUCCAGUGCCCGGAGUGCACGAAGAAGUUCAUGCGCUCGGAUCACCUCACCAAGCACAUCAAAACACACACGAAAGUGCGCAGCACGGAGGCAGCCACGUCGACGCAGGAAGGCUCGUCGGACAGCGAGCAGUCAUCGAACGACGAGAAAAUCAUCAUCUCCUUCCACAAAUCCGAGAACGAGCAAACCGAUCUCGUGCUCUCGGAUCCGCUGGAGGUCAUCGACACCCAAGCCAUUACGAACGAAUAGAUAUUUGCUCCUGGCGAAUUAAUUCCUUUCGUAGUUUAUUAAAAUGCCUCGCGAUAAAAAAUUUUUCACGAUUUUCCAUGAUCGUUACACUAUUUUGGAUUCGUUUGUAAUUCAUUAUUACGGUAUUUCAUGCCGUUACCGGGAAUGAAGUGCAGAAUCGAUGUCAACAAUUCAGUAAAUACUUUAUAAACUGAAUUUGUAUAAUAUACAAUGUUUUUAGUUCAAUUGUACGUUUAACUGGGUUGUAGUUUCGUUUUUCGACACAAAGUUACUUUACGGAAAAAAAAGGAAAAUUUUUUCACCAGGAAAAACUUUAAAAGUUUAGAAACGCAAAGCUAAACUAGUCUUCUAUGCUCAAGUUUUUGAAAACUACUCCUAAACGUGUGAAUUUUUUUCAAACGUUACACCUUCUGAUGAAGUUAAAACGAUGUACUUUUUAAGCAUUUUGUAGAUAUUUCGAUCUGUAUUUAUAACAACUUGUACAAUUUUGUAUGAUUGCGUAUGUAAAGAAAACUUCGUUUGAAUAUAAAUGCCUUACUAUGAUAAGUCUGUCGUAAAUAAUAAUUUCGUAAGACAUAUAUCUGGUUAACAUCAUUGAUAACUUUGUACAAACUAAAAUUAUGUACAUCGCGAAAAAUGCAGAUAAUCAGUGUCAGCAAUUAUCCUCGAUAUAGUUAAUUCUUAUAUUUUUAUAUCAAACAACUUUGUAAAAAAUGUAUAUAAAUUACAAAUAAUGUAUAGAUGCGGGAAUGCACAAAUAUUUCCAUUUUUCGACAUUUUUCAAUAAUAACCCUGUACUCUGCGACCGUUUUCUGUAUGAAUAAGAGCUACACUUAUGCAAAAAGGCAUAAGUUUGAGCAUGUAAUAUAAAGAUACAUCACAAUACACAAGUGCUACGUUUAUAUUCAUUACCAGAGCAAAAAGUAAAAUAAUUAAAACAUAAAACUGUUAAUUAUGGUAAACUUAAUUUUCAUCCUUCAAUUUGAUAUUAUGUUUUUAUAGUUAUUCACAAUUUUUCUUACUUUUAUUUAAAAUAUUUUGAAACGCAAUAAAAAAAUAUUUUCUUAGCUUAUGAAUUGCCAUUGACUUUGAUCGUUUAGUGUGUCCUUGUGUGGAUAUUAUCAUCGAAAAGAAAAACCUAUCAUUUAAAUACGUUCCUUGGAGAUGGUGGAAAAACUUUUGAGUAUUAAAAUUUUUUUCUAUA